UUCAUUUUUGUUAAAUUAAUUUAUAAAAUUAUAGAUGAGAUGACUGUUGUUUUGAGGUUAUUUUUGUUUUACGGAAGAUAUCUUAUAAAUAGAAAUUACAUAUAUUCCUAUAUAAAAUGAAAGCAAAGUUACGAAUUGGUCAUUUGGACAAUUCCUGAAAAUUAGAUAGGAGGACAAUGGGGAUCACAAAGCAGGAGCUGAGUCUUCCGGGAAACUCCAAGGGAAAGCUGGCCUUUGUCCUGUACGACGUGUUCACAGAAGAAGAAUGUAAGAAGUACAUUGAGGACUCAGAGAGGCGGGGCUACGAACUGGCCCUGGUCAAUAUCGGCGGAGGAAGACAAAUGGAAGCCACGGACGUGCGAAACAACGCCAGAAACAUCUGGGAUUCCAGAGAGGAGGCCGCUAAUAUCCUUCAAAGAAUCCAAGAUUACCUUCCCAAAGAGUGGAAGGGAAGAAAGCUUGUGGAACUUAAUGAAAGGUUGCGGUUUUUGCGAUACAACCCAGGUGAAUACUUCAAACCUCAUUUUGACGGUUCUUACAUGAGGACCAAUGGGGAUGUAAGUUACAUCACUGUCCAGAUCUACCUAAACGAAGGAUUCAAAGGCGGCAGUACAACGUUUCUGAACAAAUUCGACAGCAAGGACGGCGGGUUAGAGGUUGUUCCUAAAACAGGAUCAGUGCUGAUUUUCCAGCACGAUAUCCUUCACGAGGGAUCAAUUUUGGAAGAGGGCCGGAAGUACGCCAUUAGAACGGAUGUUAUGUAUACAAAAAAUGCUAGCACCAACAACUGUUGAAUAAUGUAUUAUUAUAUAUGAUGUAAUUUACACAUACUUCGUCAUUCUGUGUUGUGCUUGAUGUCCCGUUUGCCUGUUCUUACAUGUACAAUCACACAUGUUUCCAUAUUCUGUGUGUACACAUGUAUGUCCCGUUUGCCUGUUCUUACAUGUACAAUUACACGUUUCUUUAUUCUGUGUAUAUGUAUGUCCCAUUUGCAUGUUCUUACAUGUACAAUAAAACAUGUUUCUAUAGUCUGUGUACGUGUAUGUCUCGUUUGCCUGUUCUUACAUGUACAGUUACACGUGUUUCUAUAUUCUGUGUACAUGUAUGUCCCGUUUGUCUGUUUGUUAGUGUUUGGUGGCUUGUUUUAGAGCCCUGCAUUACUGUGACAGAGCACGUUUUUGGGUUUCUCUUCUUUGUCUGUGAUAUAUACUUUAUCUAAAUCAUGCAAUCAUAUAAUUUACUGUUCAGGCUAUAUGACAUGAAAUGCAAUAAAAUCUCGGUUGAUAUUAA